AUAUACAUGUAGGAAUACAAUUAACUUUCAUUUUCAUUUCCCGUAAAAAACAAAAGUUCUAGUUAACUUACUAACAGCUACUAACAGAGGAAAUAUAACUUGAUGAUAUAAAGAAAAAAGAAAAUGGAGAAAAACUCAACAAAUUUAACCUCGUCAUCCCAAGGAGGAGCAGUGUCUAUUGAGAACCUGUACCCCGCGAUCGUUCAAUGUUUUGUCAUCAUUCUGUCAGGGUACAUAGCAGCGCGAUUAAACUGUAUCACAGCCGUCCAAGGAAAAGGGAUCGGGACAUUUGUCUCCAAAUUCUGUUUGCCAGCUCUGCUCUUCAAGAACAUGUGUAUUCUGAACUUUGCUGAUGUGAAUUGGAUAUUUCUACUGUGUAUUCUGAUAGCCAAAUCUGUGAUAUUUUUCCUAGUGAUGAUAUUGUGUUUACUUAUAAAACGACCCCGGAAUUAUGGGAUUGCAGGACUCUUUGCCAUUUUUGCCACACAGAGUAACGAUUUUGCUCUUGGCUUUCCAUUGUUACAAGCUCUGUAUGAAGACUCACACCCUGAGUAUCUAAAGUACAUAUACCUGAUAGCCCCCAUCUCUGUAGUCUUUCUCAAUCCAAUCGGAUUCAUUCUACUAGAAAUUCAGCAACAUAAAGAGAGGGAACUGGAGAAGUCCACCCAUGAGAUUAAAGGUCAAGGGUCAUGUAUGCCAUUGUCCAUUGGUUUACAUGUAAUCAAAGGGGUCAUCACAAAUCCGAUUGUCUUCAUGACCUUCAUUGGAAUCAUUGGAAAUUUUGUUUUUCAAAGGAAUUUGCCAGAUUUUCUGUCUGAUAUUCUUGAUGUAUUUGGUAAUGCUUAUGCUGCUUCCGCCCUGUUCUACCUUGGUUUGGGUAUGGUAGGGAAAGUCACAGGACAGAUCAGUCUGGCUAUGGUCGUACCAUUACUGUUGAUAGGGGCCAAAGGACUGUUGAUGCCGUUGGUGACUUGGAUGGUGGUUGGUGGAAUUGAGCGGAUCAGUGACGUAUCUAACUCCACCUCUGAUGCUAUGUUUGGAUUUUUAUAUGGAACUUUUCCCACUGCCCCUUCUGUCUUUCUGUAUGCUAGCCACUAUGCCACUGGCAUGGACACAGUUGCCUUUGGUAUGGUAGCUGGGACAUUCCUGGCCGCACCCCUCAUGUUUGUCUCAGCCCGUAUGUUGAGUGUUGUGGUGGUCAGUGAAAUGGAUUACAAAGAUCUCCUUCUGAAGACGUCCACUGAUAUAAGCAUCAUCAGUAUGGUAGCCUGUGUAUGGGUACUCAUCAUUAUGUUUGGUAGCAAGAGAUUCAAGCGAAUUCCUCAUCAAUUUCUAGUCUGUCUUAUCUUGUCUCAUUUUAUAUCCUGUUUGGGUAUGGUUAUAUAUGGCUACAAGGAUUGCUCACAAGAAAUGCAGUCCUGGAAACACUACGUCGAAUUCACGAUGAUUCUGGCUGGAACCCUGGCCACUCGGUGCUGGACAAUGGUCAUCGCUAUCACACUCUACCUUAUUCACUGCCGCAGUCUAUGUUUUGUGCUAAGAUUUCGAUUCUGGCUCUAUUUUCUGGGUUUUGGGGCCGCAAUGUUAAGCACUGGAGUCCUGUACCUGUCUGGAAAACACCACAUGCACGACGAAAUAGAUCCUUCAUUUCACUACGGAACAGAUCAGACUAUCCUGUCUGUGUUGUUCAUCCUAUUCUGUUGUGUCGUCACAAUCAUCUGCCUCGUUCUGAAACAGCGCAACGGACGAGACUACAAACUACUCGCAACAGAAGAGCCAGAUGUGGAACAAUCCAUUAAGGUCGCAAAGAUAAAGUCUAAAGGCAAAAAAGUCAACAGCAGGGUCACAAAACCAAGAGUGGGGAAUUGUCAAGUUCAGGUCCAUGGUGAAAAUUCCACCAAUCGCAGCCCUCCGUACAGAGGGUCGUGUAAUGAUUGCGAUCAGGGUUGUGCGGGAGGUUUAGGAGAAUCUCAUUCUGAGGUUAGAACAAGAAAUCCUCAAAAUAUACAAGUGGAAGAGAACAUUGAAGACAUUGUGCCAUUUCCCAGUGAGUCCUCAAGUCUUUUGUCUGACAGCUCAGAGAGUAGCGCAGAGUCCCGACCAUAUCUGACACGUUCCACGGAGGAGCUGACAUGUAAAUACGGGGCCUGUUCUAGCGAGCAGAAGCGCCGGUGUAUGGGACGACUGAGGGCCUACCAGGCAUCGGUAAUUAACGUCGCCAUGGGUGAUGAGGGAGUCCGGUUUAACCAGCCCAGACGGUGCCCGAGGGAUGAGUACCAGACAAACCGGUUCCUGAUACUCCUGGUUCUACUUCUCCUCUCCAUGUUUAUCGGUCUCUUCCUAUGUACCUGGAGAUUAUUCAACAAAACCAUUUCUGGAAUUUAUGUGGAGAUGGAGUUCUUAGAUGCUGUGUUUAAUUAUGGACAGGGCUUCAUUAUAUUAGCCAUAUUUGGAUUUGAUACCAAGUACAUUUUUCUACCAUUUAUAAGAAGUCUGACAUCAAAUGUCCGAUUGAAAUGGCUGAAGCUGAUGUGUCUCAGGAUCAGAGAAUAUCUAUGGUGGCGCCGCUUAGUAUACGGAGUAGAAGUGGUACAGAUUCCAGAGAGGGGAGACUUAGAUGAGGAAACUAUUCAUCUUUGUGAGCAGUUCGUCAAAUACCACAUGGAAAAUUGCUCCAAAAAAAUUGUCAAAGAUCACAAAUACAACUUCCGACAAUACAAAGAUGUGUUUACAGGAAUGGACAUGUGUGAUUGGUUGUUAGAAGUUGGCCUCGUACACGACCGCGGGGAAGCUGUGAACUAUGGGAGGACACUUCUAAUUGGUCGAGUGAUUGCACAUGUCAAAAAUGAGCACCAUUUUCAUGACUUGUCCUAUUUUUAUUGUUUUCUUGACGAUGAGGAGUCUGUAUUAAAAAGCAUCACUGAAGACUCAUGAUGUCAGCUCUGGUCAGCUGGAAGGCAUUUUUACGUUGCAUUUUGUUGAUAAAUAUUGCAUGUUCGUCUUCAAUAGCCCUGACUCUCAGUCCAUAAAUCAACAAGGGUGAUCUCCAAAACAAUCAUAUCUGCUUGUUUGUAUCUAACAUUUUUGUAAUGUUCUGCCUGUUUUAUACAAAUGGUACAACAUAUAUCAUUAUAGUUUUGUUCUAGUCUAUGUGCUUGUUUGAGAUUUCCAUUAUAUGCUGAACCAUAGUCAUGAAAUAAAGAGUAGAUUUAGGUUAGAUUUAUUAUGAAAUUUAUAAUGAAAACAGGAACAUUAGCUUAUGUCAAUUAGUACCAUGAAAAAAUCAUAUCAACAUGUUUAUCGUACAUUUACAUGUAUUAGAAUAAGAUUAGGUUGGACUUUGUUUCUGUAUAUUGUAACUAAGCGAAUUUAAUUUAAUUUUGUAUGAUUUCCAUUAAUCAUAUGUGUUUUAGAUGCCAUUUACGGCUUUAUGUGACAUGAAAUUUUAUAUUUCACUGUCCUUUUUCGUAGAUUUGUAUGUAACUAGUGCUUGACAUACAAUGUCAUGUAAUUAAUGUCUCAAAUUGUAGAUUAUGUAAGAAAAUUUUUUAUCAUGAGAGAAAAAAGUAUUUCUGAAUGUAAUUUUUAUUGAUCUAUAGUACAACCAUGUACAUUAUAAUUCUAUGUUUAUGUACUUGUGUUUUGAUUGAUUGUCAGUGCUUCACAUAUUAGGCAAAUCAAUCAUUCACCCCCUGGUAUCAAGUUAUUUUCAUAUUUAUUUUGGUGUCUUUAUGGGUAUGAAAAACAUUCCUUUUUCUUUGUGUCAUCAUUUGUUGAAUGAUAUGUCACAAUGUGUGCUGGUAAAGAUGAUUGUGUAUAUGUGGAGAAAUAGGUAAAGUUUUGUCUCAGAUCAUUUUAAUUUAUGAGGUGGUAACAUUUUUAAUUUAACAUAUUUCAAUUAAAUGCUUAGAGAUUAUCAAAUCUUUACAGGGAUCUCCCAUACAGAAUGUAAUGAUUGAUACACUGUAUAUAACAAAUUUUGUAGUGCUUACCAGCCCUCAAUUCACAGAAAAGAAUUUUUUUUUAAAUAUUUCUGAACAAGGGUAAAAGUUUUUCUCUUCUGUACGAUUCCAAAUUUUCUGAUUGCAUGAAUUAGAGAAUAAAGUACAUAUUAUUUUCUGCCUGGGAGUUACAAUGUAUUAGUACUGUAGAUAUAUUUUUUCUGCUAUGUACAGAGUCACAAUUUUUGUGGGGAAAUUUAUCACAGCAUAUGAAAUAGCAAUGCGAGAGAUUCGCAUUAUUUUCUACCCAUGGAUUGAACUGAAAUUGUGAUUCUACCAAAUUAUGUACCCGUGGAAAAAAAGGACAUAUACAGCAAUUUUUUUUAUUAAAAUGAACAAGUUUAUUAAUCAUUGUGUUGCAUUAAUACUGUAUCAAUACAUUAGAAGAUGUUACUCUAAACGUGUGUCUUCCUAGUCAAUUACAUAUACCAGACACCUAAUUUGAUGGAACAAAUUAAUUUCUGUGAAUUUUAAACAUGCAUGCAUAAUUUCAUAGACUUCACACAAAUGUAUCACGAUAUAUAACAACCAGGCCCAAAGUUUGAUUUUAUUUUAAAUACAUGUAUACAUGUGCAUAGUGUGUUCAGGGUAAAUGUGUUAUGUAUAAUGACUGAUGAUUUGAAUUCAUAAGAGUUGUAUUCAAGUAUGUUUUGUUUAUAAUCAAUUAUUUAAGCUUACAUAUGAAUUUCCACAGCAUUACUAGCUUUUGCUGUAUAGUUGUAAUAUAUACUAGUAUAUAUGUAAGCUUGGAAGUGUUAAAAAUUUAUAAUUAUUCUAUGGAAUUGAGCAGCUUAAUUAAAAAUUUAGUACUUUAAUUUGUUAACGGCUUAAAUAGUAAAACAAACAUUGUAUUUGCAGCAAAUAUACUAGUCUAGGACUUUUACAUGUUGAAGUUGUGUUUUAAAGACAAUUUUUUUUUUAUAUUAAAUCAUACAUUUUGAAACAAUUGCAAAGAAGUAUGAGUGAAUUUUGGCUAAAAUUUUGGAAUGAUUUUUAUUUUAUAUAGAGAAAGAAGAAAAUGAAGGGGGAGAGCUUGAUUGCAAAUUUUGUUUCAUUUAUACAUGCAAAUUAUUGGUCUAGUCUAAGCUCAAACUGUGCUGUUUAUUAUCGUUAGAUAUGCUGUCAGCAAGGAUACAUGUGGAAAUUUGGAAUUAAAAAAGUUGUUAUUAAGCUUAUUGAUAUCCAAUUUGGGAAAAUAAAUAUUUUUCUUAAUACUUA